CCCGCCCCGUUAGUUUUUUUUUACCCACGUGGGUACGUGAAUGUGUUGAUGUUUUUUUAAAAUCUGUAAAUAUCCUGUUUUAGCUGUUUUAUCCGGACUAAACGCCCACUUUGCGACAUGGAUCUCGUCUCUAAGGACUCGUACAUUCAAAAACUUGCAAGUAAAGUGUUUUCUCAACGAGCCCAGGAGCCGAAGAAGAGACCGUUCGUUCAUUUCAAAGGUAAAAGUGACACCGGUCCUCCAAAAAAGAAGAAAAAAUGUAAAAAGAAACAUUUUAAAGACGAGGCUGCUGAUGGCAAGAGUCCCAAAACCCAACAGAAGCCUUCAGCCUCUCCAACAGCGCAGAAGAGCAAAGCCACACCGAAACCAAACAGGCCCAACACUGAGGCCACUAAUGGAGCUACACCACAGAAGCCUCAAGGAGGAAGUGAAGGCUCCAGCUUCUCCACAGUCGAUGUGCUACGCAAGAGGCUCCAUGAAAAGAUUGAGGAGUCCAGAGGGCAGGGAGCUCCUAAGGAUACAUUAUCAGAGGCUGUCCAGGCAAAGAGAGCAAAGCGAAAGCUGGAGCGGGAGCGCAAGAAGAAGAAAAGGAAAGAAUUUCUGAUGAAGAAACUAGCUGAACAAAGUGGGAAAGAACAGCAACCAGAGAUAAAACAGGAAGAGCAGCAGGUCCCUGCCUCGAGCAAAAGAAACGAGACUGCUAUUAUCUUCAACAAGGUCGAGACAGUGGAAGAGGGAUAUAUAGACAAAAAACUGAGAAAGAAGAAGAAGAAAGAGGGUAUAAAAGGCCAGGUAACGCCACUGACGGGGAAGAACUACAAGCAGCUGCUCAGCCGUGUGGAGGCUCGCAAAGCAAAGCUGGAACAGCUGAGAGAGAAAGACGAAGAGAAGGCCCGUGAGAUGGAGAAGAAGAUCAUGUGGACCAACAUGCUUUAUAAAGCUGAGGGCAUCAAAAUCAAAGACAACGAGGAGAUGCUGCGCGAGUCGCUGAAGAAGAAGGAGAAGAGGCGCACUCAGAGGAAGAAGAAAUGGAACCAGCGGAGCGAGCACGUUCUGGAAAAGAUGCAGCAGCGGCAGGACAAAAGACGGAAGAACCUCACAAAACGCAAGCAGGUCAGGGCAGAGAAGAAGAAGGAGAGGGCACGGAAGAAGGGCCGAGUGCUGCCCGAGGACUUGAAGAAAGCCACAGUUUAGAGGAAGAAAAGAGAACUUGUCAUGUUUCAGUUAAGAAAUCAGUUUCUGUAUGACACUGUGAUAUUUACAUGAUAAUAAAGUGCACUCGUUGUGCACAUACUGGUUGAAUAUUAUGUGUCAUGGUCAAUAAAAUGUGAUUGUGAUCAUUAUGGUGACUAUAAAUGUGAAAUUCUGUUGUCCAAUUAAUUUAUUUACACAUUUGACCAAUAAUCAUGUCUUAAGCUAAAUUUGCAUAUCACAAAAAAAGGCAAAGUAUGUUAUU